CUCAGCUGCCAGCCCGGCUUUUUAGGUGGCCACGGCGCAUGUGCUCCCGCUUAUUCCCUACUUCGUGUUGGGGAUGCGCUCGGACCCUGGCGUCUGGCUGUGUGCUGAACAUUUCGCUGUCAGGUGAUGUCAGAUGCCACGUGGAUUUUGUUUUGGCUCCGGCUGCAGUCAACGCAGAGGAAAGAAAGGUAUCGGUUUGGCGGGGCGAGAAUCCGAGAUAGGCUUCAGGGGCCCUGCUCAUUGCUGCCGCGUAAAACGCAAAGAAUUCACCUACUAUUUCUGAGCAUCAAUUUCCAGGCAUCACAUUGCCUGCGUGUCCCCCCCUUGCACUGAAAGGCAAAAUAAUAUGAAAUGGAAAAGAUCCCCCGACUAAACGAAAUUAAAAUAUAUUUGCUAUGAGAAAAAUAUGAAGGAAACAAUCAACUUUUAACUUUGCUUAAAGACAUUGAAAUACGUAUAACCUAUUUAAUUAGAACUGCACAUUGUUCUUUUACGGCGCUGGGGUGAGGGAGAGUCUCUAUGGUCCUGUGAUUUUUGUAUGAACCAGAUGAUUCAAACGACGCGAAAUCCUUCCAGUUUUUAGUUGGAGUGACCUUAUUUCUGCCACCCUCUCCGUUCUGUUGACUGACGGAAAGUGACAGUCCAACAACUCCCACCCUCGGUCGGGGGAAUCUCCAGUACAGUGCAACAUUACUGGAAGCUGAGAGUAUAGUUCUGCCAAAUAAUUCCUAGUACGUGGACUCCUUUGCACAAAAAAGUCAACGCAAAUAAAAAAUAAUAGAACAUAAAAGUUUGUUUUAAUUGAAAAGUUAACUUAAUGUCGCUGAUGUCUGUCUGCCCUAAUUUGAAAAGUUGAGUCACAGGGCUGGCCAGUUUGGAGUUCGUCGCUUUUGGGAUGUUAUAAAAUUGCUUUAGCGGAGUACUGGCAGGACAGUGAGAAGACGGCUGAGAGAAUAGUUUAUCUUCAGUUUGGGAGAAAAACACAGGAGUAACUGCUGAACGGAAUCUAUUGGGCCAAGGUUCAACAUGCAAACAGAUGAAAGCCCCAAGGUCCAAUCUUCUCUCAAAGACGCUUGCACCAACAGCACAGCUGAAAGGUUUUCACAACGACCAAUACCUCAGUCCCUUCAUUUAUUGCCUUAUCAAAAGCAGUUGCUGCUUCAAGAUGACUUGCCUACAUCGGAAGCCACUCCCAGGCUUCUCACGCCUGAGGAUCAUCUACCAGAGAAAAGGAGGAGAGUGUUUUCCAGCCCAGGGCUAGCAGGAGAAUUUGCACUGCACCUGCUGUAUUGUGCAGUUUUUGCUGUAGCUGUACUGGGUUUGCUUCACUGGGAUGGCAAGGUACAGUUAAUCCAAGGAAACAGUUGCAAAGAUGGUGAUCAAAGAAUUCAAAGGCCUCCGUGGAAGGUGUCAAGCAUGUCUUAUAAUGUCACAACCAAGCUGUCUGACAUUUACCCACUUCACAAACGAUUUGCACGGAGCACAAAACCAAGGAAAGACAAACAGCAAAGUAACUUGCUGACUAUCUACCAGAGAAUGACAGAAGUAAAAGAAAUACUACUGCCUUGUGAAUCUCUUGUUAAAGUAACCAAUUAUGUUCUGAGAGAAGCUUUGGGGAAAACUUUGGAAUUCUUCCCACUUCCAACCUGUGAUCAGAGGCUGAAUAACAAGACUAGCAAAGUUAAUCCACUCAGCCUCAUUAGGGUUAAGAUAAAACCACAGUUACUUUACCAAGUCUUACACUUCCUGAAAGAGCUAGACUUGCUGGUAGAUGCUCAUCAAGCAAAAGCAUUCUCCAUUGUGAAGAAGCUAAUGAUCAAUAAGCAAGAAAUGAUAUUGGGAAAGACAAGUAAAAACAAUAAUGAACAUGUCUUAAAAUGGCUGAAAAGGAACAGGACCCACAGAAAGUCCUUUAAACCAGUGGAUUGCCCAGAUAAGGCCCUAUAUUUAUUACCCUGGAAUCCUGGACAUCAUGAAAAUAAGAAGGUUAAGAUUGGAAGAGGGGUGUUCCUAAAACUAAUGUCUUCUGCCUCGCUACAUUCCAUUACCAUAGAGAAUGGGGGUAAACUCGUGUUUAACGAUGCACCGAAAUCUCCUAUCACUCUGAAAACCCGCUAUAUUCUGAUCAGGAACGGAGGAGAGCUGCACAUCGGAGCAGAGAAGUGCCCCUAUAAUUCCACCGCCACCAUCAUUCUCUACGGAAAGUCGACAGAUGCAUUAAACGUGGAGCAUUUUGGUCAGAAGUUCAUUGGUGUGGAUAAAGGGGGCAUUUUGGAGUUACACGGAAGGAAAAGCUUGUCUUGGACAUUCUUAGCCCAAACUCUCUACCCCGGCGGUUUGCAGUCUGGAGCUUACCGCUUCGACAAGUACUGGGGCAGCAGAGGUAUCAACGUCAGAGUGAUAGACCAAGGCACGGCCAAGGUACUGGCAGCCCACCGUUUCGACACUCAUCUCUGGGCUAACGAGAGCAGGCGGCUGCAGGAGUUUCUGCGUUGCCAACCGAGAGGGCGGGUUGUGGCCAUCGCUGUCGGGGAUUCGGCCUCCAGGAGACUGACGCUGUCUGCCAGGAAUGACCUGAGUGAACUGCUGGGGAGCAAAGAGGCGAGGUAUCUGGGCUACAGACAACCAUGGGCUGCUGUCGGAGUUAUUGGUGAAUCAUCUACUGUGGAAGAUAAACAACUAUAUCAGCCUAAUGGGUCAACUGAUAUGGCUGUAGCCAGAAGAGACUUUCAGACAUAUAAUGGGAUUCAUUUCACAGUUACUGCCUUCAGUGAGUGGGUGAGAGGUGUGCCUCACUGCGGCUUUCGUGUGGGUGUGUCAAAUAGUGUCAUUCUUAAUUUAAUGGAUGAUGCCACAAGCUGGUUGCCUGGUGAUCAAAUAGUCAUUGCAAGCACUGAUUACUCUAUGCAUCAGGCAGAAGAAUUUACUCUCCUUCCCUGUCCUGAGUGCAAUAUUUAUCAGGUUAAAAUUGGUAAACCGCGUUAUCUUCACAUGGGUGAAGUUGUAGAUGGAAUAGAUAUGAGGGCGGAGGUUGGACUUCUAAGUAGAAACAUCCUCAUUAAAGGAGAAAUGGAGGACUCCUGUGAUGGACAAAAUUUUUGCCACUUUUUCAGCUAUGAUACAUUUGGUGGACAGAUAAAGAUCCUAAGAAACUUCGCCUCAGUUCACCUGUCUGGCAUAGAGUUGACUAACAUGGGCCAGCAGAUACUUGGGAGUUACCCAAUACACUUUCACCUGGCUGGAGAUGUGGAUCAGAAAGGUGGAUACAAUCCGCCAACCUAUGUGGACAAUGUAGCCAUUCAUCACUGUUUCUCUAGAUGUGUUGCUAUACAUGCAACAAACGGUUUGCUGGUCAAAGAUACAAUCGGGUAUGACACACUUGGUCAUUGUUUCUUCCUGGAGGAUGGUGUGGAGCAGAGAAACAUACUAUAUCACAAUCUGGGUCUCCUUACCAAGCCAGGCACCAUCCUCCCUUCUGACCGCAAUGAAAUUAUGUGCAUUUCAAUCCGUAAUAGAGUUUGUGGAAAUUAUAUUCCAGUACCAAAUACUGACUGCAUGGCUGUCACAACAUUCUGGAUCUCCAAUCCGAACAACCAUCUCAUCAACAAUGCAGCUGCUGGUGCUCAGGAUGUGGGGGUAUGGUAUAUUUUCCACCGUGCCCCUACAGGAGAAUCUGUGGGUAAAUUUCCAGAGGGCCAAUCAGAGUUUACUCCCUUGGGAAUAUUUUAUAACAACAGAGUACAUUCCAACUUCAAGGCUGGACUCUUUAUUGACAAUGGAGUGAAGACAACCAAGUGCAAUGACAAUGAUCCCCGUGAAGUUCUUGCAAUAGAUUUUGCAAGGUUUCGACCACAUCAGAAUGCUGACCCAAGACAGCCACGUGUUCCUGCUGUUAUUGAUGGUCUUAUAGCCUUUAAAAACAAUGACCACGGAGCUUGGGCUAGAGGGGGAGACAUUAUAUUCCGCAACUCUGGGUUCUCUGAUAAUGGGAUAGGUCUGACUCUAGCAAGUGAUGGAACAUUUCCAACUGAUGAAGGAUCAAGCUUGGAAGUGACAAGAUCAGUCUUUGUUGGUGAAAGCAUUAAUGUGGGCUGCAAUGGAGGACAAAACAGAUACUGGGGGAAGGGUGCACAUGGAGAGUACAGAACACUGCCAAGAAACAGAACAUUUCCCAUCCGUGGAUUCCAGAUAUAUGAUGGUCCAGUCCGACUGACACAGUGCACAUUUAAGAAAUACUUAUCUUCCCAUGGUAGGUAUUGUAGUGCACUUGGAUUCUUCAUGAGGAACCCCUGGCAAAUCAGCCCUCAAAAUAAUGUAUCUCAAGUCAAGUUGGAGAGUAGUGUUAAUCUUGAGGUAUUUUUCGGCAAGCCAGGGCAGUGGUUUGGAACCAACAGUCUCGAUGGUGACUGGACUUCUAUUUUCCAUGAUUUGGAUGGUUCAGUGACUGGAUUUCCCGAUACAUUUGUAGCGAGGGCUGACAACUACCUGGUCCGCCAUCCAGGCUGCCUUAUUGUGCCAAGGUGGAAUGGUGUAAUCUGCACUGGCAAGUAUGCUCAGCUCUAUGUUCAAGCCUGGCAUCCAGAGAACCCAUCUCUCCUGAUUGCGAAGGAUUUGUAUCCAAGCCACCCACUGAAGCUGCAGGGUGUAAAUCGUAGGGCACCAUAUCAGCAGUACCAGCCUGUUGUCAUGCUCGAACAAGCCUACAUAUUAUCAUGGAAUGGUAGUACGCCUGAGCAGAUUGUCCUCUACCCAAUCAACUUUAACAGGGGGGACUGGAUCCAAGUUGGCCUUUGUUAUCCCAGAGGAACAGUUUUUAAAGUCAUGUCCGAUAUAAACCAACGACCAAAUGGAGGAGUACACAGUGUGAAACGGUACAAGGCGGCAUCAUCUUUAAGCAUUCUUCAAAAAAACCCAAGCAAGAGCCUGUAUUUUUUUGACUUCAGUUCUGGGAUUCUUUUUAUUAUCCUCCAAGCAAAACAUGUACGGAAAGGUCACAGUUACUGCUCCAAGCACGGGUGUGAGCGAGUGAGGAUCUUGGCACACAUCAACUCCUGGGAAACCAGCUCCUGCUUACAAAUGGGUUAUUCAAAGAAAGGCACAAGUGAUCUGGGCCAUCUCUCACCUCUCACUGGGCGAGUAGCUGCUUCCUGCAGUCAGUGUGGUGCACCACAGGUGAACGAUGAUGUUUUCCUCUUUGAGAAGCCGGGAUUGUUCUUUGUCACGAUAGAUGCAUGUUCUGGAGAGAUAUUGAGCAGGCAGCAUUUUGACACAGUCCAAGCACUGCCAGCAGCUGACUCCAUUGCUAAUUACAUCCAUGCAACCAUUCCAGAAAGGUCAAUUACUCUUGUCUGUUCAAGAGAUGAUUCUGGCUGGCCACUAAUCCAUGUGUCUUCAGCUUUUCUCAGGCUAGGUGCUGCAAAGCCGAUCAAAUUUUUCAUGGAAGGAAGUUUUGCUAUGUUAGGAUUCAAGGGCCAGCUGAAACCAGCAUGGAUUAAAAUUAUAAGCCACAGUGUUGGGCAGCUGGCUGCCUCCCUGCAGCAGUAUGUUCCAUUGAAACUCCAUGAAUACGGCUGUCCUGGAAAAGUGAAGGAAAAUCGGAGAGAUUUAAAGUUGUUUCAAGACUUAAUAUCUCCAAUCUAAUUUAUAAUGGCAAGCAAGGGAGAGAAUUUGUUGAGAUGUUGACAAUUUAAUUUUUGUAUCAUUUCUAUAAAUAAAUAUUAUGUACAUGAGCAGUGAGUAAAUGGUUUUACUUAAAGGUAAAUUAACUUGAUGUAAUAAAACCUGUGAGUGUGGAGAAGAGUAUACAAUAUCUUUGCUAUAGGUUACUUGCAUCUACAGAUGGAAGUUGACUUCUCAUUCUAAAGAAUGAACAGUUUCCAUCAACUAGACAAACAAUACAAUUCUGCCAUCUACAAACAAAAUGAAAAGUAGUCAUGUGCUUGUUGAUCCUUGGGGACAAAAUGUACUUUCUAACUUUCAGAUUACAAAAUUGUCAAUUUUACACAUUUUUAACCCCAAGUACGUUGGAAUAAAUCUUGAAUUGUUCAUGAGAAUGCCAGAAAUUGUGAAAAGUAGAACUGUUUAUAUAUCUAAACUUUUGUAGGUGGUACCCCAGACACCAGUGGUUUAUAAUGUUGAAAUCCUGCUGGCAUUCAUGAUAUCUGAUGUAUAAUGAAUGAGGUUUGCAUGCAGCUACUUUAUUGUAUAGAUCUUUUUAGAUUUGUAUUACUCAUUGUUUGUGUAGACAAAACUUCUUAAAAUAGAGACAUUUUAAAAACAAGGCUGGGUUUAAGAAGUUGCUGUAAAUUACAGUGAUGAAGUAUAAAGAUUGGGUGUAGUGUAUGAAACUGUAAUGCAAAACCAAUAUAAUCCUAGUAUAUACCACAUUGCGUGAAUGUUACCAUUAGAUUUUUGUAUAUGGAAAUUUUGGUGCUUUCAGUCACCUUUCAGAUUUGCAUUCUUGGAAGCUGUAUAUUAUAAAGUUACAAUUAAAGCUGUGCAUUGAACACAGGCACCUGUUUAAAGCUGAAAAACAUUUAUAUGAAUGACAUAAAUCAAAUUAAGUUUUGAAUUAAACUUGUAUCUUGUCUCAGUGUAAACUAAUUAUAUAUCAAGUUUAAUUACACAAAACAAGCUUGGUUAAUAAUUUUUAUUCACUGCUCAACUUUACUCAUGGAGUCAGAGAGAGACAGCAUGGAAACAGGCCAUUCAGCCCGAGUCUGCACCAACCAUCAACCACCUGUUUACACUAAUCCUACAAUAAUCCCAUUUAUUAUUCUCCUCACUUCCUCAUCAACUCCCCCUAAUUCUACCACUUACUGAUAUACUUGCAGCAAUUUACAGUGGCCAAUUAACAUUUGAACCAACAUGUCUUUUGGAUCUGAUUGGAAGCAAAGUUUAGUGUCUCACUUCAUGGUCAAAAUAGCAAGCUUAGAGCAAGAGAUUAGCAGGCACACUGAUGCUUUGUAUAUGGCGGGUAUUUAUUUCCAUGGAGCCAAUGUAGGCACAUUUUUCCCAAGUGACAUAGGAUGACACUUUCAGGAAAUAUGUCAGAUUUAUUAGUGUUUUGAGAUUGAAUAACCCUCACCCUGGAUAAGAGUAAGUAGAGUAAGGGCUGAUAUCUAAGCCUAGUUUGCCAGCUGUGAGUAUGGCAGGAAGGACAUUUUGCCUGUGAUGUACCAUUCGUCACAGCCAGUUCUGGAGCCUGUCAGCCCCAGAGACGACAGGGAAAAACAGUCUUUGUACAUUAAAGAUCUUAAACUCCAAUUCUGCUUUUGGGAACCAUACUAAUAUAAAACAAAAAUCAUGAGUCUUUAACAUCUGUAAACAUUUGUGUGCAAAAGUUCCAUCAGAUUGAGAGUAGUUUAACGGACACAGUCUCAAGGUUUUCUUUGUUUACUUUUCUGAUGCCCAGUUUUCCCACAGACACGUUGGGCUAAAGGGCCUGUUUCCAUGCGGUAUGAUUAUGAUUCAAUGACAUUGAGUUUUUGAAUUUGAGAAUAGGAUCACUUUGGCUGUGUUUAUGGAUUCAUUAUUUGUGGUCAGCACAGUGGUGCUACUGCCUCACAGUUCCAGUGACUCUGAUUCAAUCCUGACCUUUGGUGUUGCCUAUGUGGAGUAUGCACAUUCUCUCUGACUGCAUGGGAUUCCCCCAGGUGCUCCAGUUUUCACCCACAGCUCAAAGAUGUGCUGUUGGUAGGUUAAUUGGCUGCUAUAAAUUGCCCCUAGUGUGCAGGUGAGAAGUGGAAGUUAAGGUGAGGUUUUAUGGGAAUGUAAAGAGAAUAAAAAUGGAAUCGGUAUAGGAUUAGUGUAACUGGAUGCUUGAUUGUUGACAUGGAAGGCCAAAGGACCCAUUUCUGUGAUGUGUUUAUGACUCUAUGACUCUAAUUUUACAGUCUGAAAUUUAUAAUGUUGGUUAACCUUAAGCUUGAUAAAAAUGAAAUAGUACAUUCUCUGGAAGCUCUGAUGGAGUUCAACAAGCGGUCGGAGAUAGAGUUGGCCAGAUUCAUUGCAACUUGGUAGUUGAUCUGAAGUGCAGUACUUGGUCUGUUAAGAGCCACAUAAAAAUCUAUUAAUGUGAAUUCACAGACUAACAGUGUCCCUAUAUCUUAUGAACCAGGUUUCAAGUUGAUUAUUUUCAUGCUGUGCAAUCAAGUUUAGAUUCUUCCAAUGCCUGCUAAAUGAUCAGUAGCCAAUUAUUUUUAUUGUGAUGGUUUUCUGCUAUGUGUAUAAUUCCAGGGCUGUUUCCUAAAGUAUAUGCCAAAGAGUCUCUUAAGAAUUAAUUUUUGAACAAAAUAAUUGCUGUUAGUUUCUGUAAUAAGUGUACAUUCUCUGACUUGACAUGUUUCUUUAGGUAAAAUAAAAAUCUCUUCCUGAUGUUAUAUCCUUGCUCGCUUUCCCCCACCCAAUCAGCAAUAUAAACUUAAAAUUUUCAUCCCUGUGUUUACAUCCAUUCCAGGUCUUCCCUUUCUCUAUUUCCAGAAUCUGCUCCAAUCUACCCAUCCCAAACUCUCCCUUCCUCUAGCUCCUUAAACCCAAUUCUUCUACGUUUUCCUGCCUCCAAUUAAAACUUGUCCCUGCUGAAGCUCCUGGUCAUCUUUCCUAAUGUUCCCACCAUGGGCUCAGCAUCCACUUUCCAUUUUAAUAAUUGCUCUGUGAAGUUCUUUCAAAGUACCCUUCUAUAUUUGAGGAUCCUUGGAUCGAAUUUCUGCUUGUAAUGAUUCAAAUGCCAAUUGAACUCAAACAUUUUUAUAGUUUGGAGUGAGGAGUUUUCCCCGAGUUUCUGCUUAAAUGCCUAAGUAUGUUGCUAAAUGCAAAAUCUGCAAUGAGCCAAAGCAACUAGGCAGUAUUUAGUAAGUGUUUUUUUUUCAUAGUUUUACCUUAAAAAUACUUGAUGUAUUUCAGAGUGGUAACUGAGUACAGUUGAAAAUAGGCUUGUAUCAAUUUUCAUCAAUGUGUAGCUUACCACCUCUGAACAACUUAAGUAAAUGGAAAUUAUAUUUAUACUAUGCAUAGCCAAUCUUUUAUUAUUUCUUUCAUAAGUUAAUAUUUUUUUAAAACUUGCAUAUUAGUAUUAUUAAUUAUUAGCAUCUAAAAUUGAUAUAAGGGAGUAUAGGGUUGUGGAUGGACUGGAGAAACUAGAAUCAUUCUCUUUAGGACCGAUGAGGUUGCGAGAUGACUUGAAAGAAAUGUUUAAAAUCAUGAAGUGCCAAGACAGAGUAGAUAAACUGUUCCUAUUAGCAGAGGGGUCAAGAACAAAGGGAUAUAAAAUCAAGGUGAAUGGCAGAGGAACCAAAAUUAAGAUGGGGGAAUAUCUUUUUAUGCAACAAACGGUUAGAGUCUGGAAGGGUAGAAAGGAGUUCUUCUAAUUAUAAAUUCCGAUCAAAACUCAUAGACUUGAAACACUAACUCUGUUCCUGUCUUCACAGAUGCUGUCUGACCUCCUAGGUAUUUGCAGCAUUUUUUUUAUUUCAGAUUUCCAGCACCUGCCUUUUUUUUUCUUUUCCAAAUAUGAAAAUCCCACUGAGCUCACAUCAACAAUAUAAUUGUCUACAGGUCUGGUCUCCAGACUCAAGGAAGGAUAGAGAGUGCAGCAAAAGUUCACCCGAUUUGAUUCCAGGGACAGGAGGUUUAUUGUGAGAAGAGAUUAAGCAGACUGCCACCAAACUCCCACAAGCUUACAAGAAUAAGA